CCCCACCAAACAUUCCUUUCUGCCCCACCAAACAUCUGGACCUCGACACAAUACAAAAAAAACUCUCCCGAAAGCACACCCGACGAAGGAGAAAUCCGCCGUUAAGAUGAUCAUUCAGAUUAAAAACGAAGAGGAGGUUACUGCGAUCCUCAAUAAGACUGAUGGACUUGUCAUUCUUAACUUUUACGCCGCUUGGGCGGAGCCUUGUGCUCGGAUGAAUCAGGUCUUCGAAGCAAUUGCAGCCGAGUAUCCUGACGCGGCAACCUACCUCUCCAUUGAUGCGGAAGACGAAGCUAACGCCUCCACCACCGAAAAAUACGACGUCUCCGCUGUACCAUACUUCCUCUUCCUGAAGGGUGAAGCUGUGCUCGAGCAAGUCUCGGGCGCAGACCCGGCACUGCUAAAGUCCGGCGUGGAAAAGCACAGUGGCGUUGGAAGCCUCAACCUCCCCGCCAAACAAAGCACUGCCAACCCUAGCUCCACCGCCAACGGAGCGAGCGGUGAAGGAGGAGACGAAGGCAUUGUGGAAGACAUCAACGUCCGCCUUGAGAAACUUGUCAGCGCCGCGCCCGUGAUGCUCUUCAUGAAGGGCACUCCGUCCCAGCCGCAGUGCGGGUUCUCCAGACAGCUGGUCGCGCUGCUCAGGGAGAGGGAAGUGCGUUAUGGCUUCUUCAAUAUCCUUGCCGACGACGAGGUUAGACAGGGAUUGAAGAUUUUUUCUGACUGGCCGACCUAUCCGCAAUUGUACAAUGAAGGGAUUUUGGUUGGGGGGUUGGACAUUGUUAAAGAGGAAUUUGAAAACGAUCCCGACUUUCUUCGCCCUGGAAUCGCGACUCCUACCACGGAUUGAAAACAUGUGAUGGGAAAUUAAGAAGCAAAAAAAAACAAAAAACUAAGAAAAAAAAAAAAUUUGAUACCGGUUUCAUAGCCAUUAGUUUAGUAGUAGUGGCUUUUAGAAAACAAGAGGAAUGGAAGCAUUAAUACCA